AUGGAACCUCCAAGUUACGAAGAAUCUCAGAAUCAAUCAGGCCAAGGUCAAGAUCAAAGCCAAGGCAAUUACGGUAGAGAUGCCGAACAAAGACCUUCAGACCCACCAAGGUUCAAUGAAGGUAAAAGUCAACAUCAAUAUCAACAGGGAUAUUCUGAUUAUCCAGAAGAUAAGAAACACCCUCAAGGACCGGGGUAUGAAGGUUCAGGGCCAGGAUACAAUUCAGGGCCAGGAUACAAUUCAGGACCAGGAUAUAAUUCAGGACCAGGGUAUGGAGGAGGCCAAGCCCAAAAUUCCAAUGGUCCACCUCCAAACACCUAUUUCGUCCCUCCACAAAUGGUCAACAUUACCCAAGCUAAUCCUCAGCACUUAAACCCAUCUUAUCAGCAAUAUCUCGAAAGAGACCAGCAAAGAAUUAAAGAAGGGAACUAUCCCGAUCCUUCAAGAGGUCUUGAUAAAACUAGAAAUAAAGGAGGUAAAUCGUCAGGAUUCCCAGGAAGAAGUGGAGUCUCUUAUAAUAAUGCCGCUAAUAAAUAA